GUUCCUGUGAGAAGUGUCGCUUGGUUUGCGUCCAUGAGAGAAAACAUGGAAACUGUUCCCGAAGAAGACACCUGCUAGUUUGGAAUUGGAUGAUUCCUUACAUCAGAUACUAAAAUGAAAGAAUCACUGAUAGAUGGUGAAUGUGACAAAGUAGUGGCACCACAACUGGGAAAUCUGAAUGAAAUUAAGAUGGAACCGGACAACACUCAGGAUUAUUGUCAAGCCCAACAACCCAAAACUCAGGAUAAUGAACUGAAAAUAAGCACUACGUUUUCAGACAGUGCUUCACAGUUGACUACAGGCAUUCAACUUUCUCUGGCAUCAUCUGGCAUGAAUAAAAUGCUUCCUUCAGUUUCAACCACAACUAUUCAGGUCUCCUGUUCUGGUUGUAAAAAAGUCCUCCAAAAGGGGCAAACUGCUUAUCAGAGGAAAGGAUCUACUCAGCUCUUCUGCUCUACACUGUGCAUCUCUGAACACAUUUCAUCUGCCAGUUUACCAGCUCUUUCCAAGAGAACUUGUUCAAACUGCUCAAAAGACAUUUUAAAUCUGAAGGAUGUGAUCAGUGUCCAGCUGGAAGAUACUUCCUCUAGCAAAAAUUUUUGCAGCCAAUCUUGUCUUUCAUCAUAUGAAGAAAAACGAAAACCAUUGGUUACUAUAUGUACAAGUAGCAUUUUAACCAAAUGCAGCAUAUGUCAGAAGACAAAUGUUAUUCAGUAUGAAGUAAAAUACCAGAAUGUGAAGCAUAGUCUCUGCAGUAAUGCCUGUUUUUCAAAGUUUCACUCUGUUAACAACCUCAUCAUGAACUGUUGUGAGAACUGUGGAGCUUACUGUUAUACUAGCUCUAAUCCAUUUCAUAUACUUCAGAUGGAAGGACAGUCUCAUUACUUUAAUAGUUCAAAGACUAUAGCAGCAUAUAAGCAGAAGCCAGCCAAAACACUUACACCUGUUCUUUGCAAAUCAUUGAAGCCCCCAGAUGAAAUGAUUGAAACUACCAACGAGUUGGGGAAGACAGAGCUUUUCUGCUCUAUUACUUGUUUCUCUUCUUACAGUAAAGCUAAGAUGACUUCUUCUACAGUAAAUGUUUCCAUGGUGCAUGAUGCUUCAAGAGAGCUCCCUUCUCCAAAGGAGGCUACAACUCCAGUUAUAAGCAAUAUAGUAUCAUUGGCAGAUACUCAGGUUGCCCUGCCCAUUGUGAACUCUGAUGUCGUACAAGAUACAGUUUCUUCAGUAACAGCAAAUGUUGCAGAUACUGCUAAGAGUUCACCCAGUGAAACAAGUAGUGGUGUUCCUAAUAGUGGUAUGGAACAAUCAAGCCCUUCACCAUCUUCAUCUGUACUCAGUCCACAUGUAGUUGGCUCUAGUUUAGUAGUACAAAAAGAUCAAGUGUCAAACCAGAACCCUAUACACGGUGUGAAAUCUGUGAAAAUAAGUGAUGGACCAAAAUUUACAUCCAAAGUACAAAAAUUUAAAGGUAAAUCACAAAGUAUUAAAAAAUCUUGGUGUUCAAAUUUUCAGCAUUUGGAAAACAGUACUAAAAAGGAUGUGACAUUCUGUUAUUCAUGCCAGUUGUUCUGCCAAAAAUCUCUUACCUGUGGAGGAGAGUCAUUUGCAGCCCAAGGAAUUUCUAAUUGGAAGAAAACACUGGAAAAAUUCAGAAAGCAUGAAAAAAGUGAAAUUCACUUGAAGUCGCUACAGUUUUGGAGAGAAUACCAGCUUUGUGAUGAAACUGGCAAUGAUAAUUUAUCUAUUAAUUCUAAACAGAUAGAAGGAAAUAAAAAAUACCUAAAACUUAUCAUUGAAAAUAUUUUAUUUUUUGGCAAGCAGUGUCUACCCUUAAGAGGAAAUGACCAAUCUGUUUCAUUGAUGAAUAAAGGCAAUUUUUUAGAGUUGUUAGAAAUCAGAGCAAAAGAUAAAGGAGAAGAAAUAUUUCGACUUAUGAAUUCACAAAUUGACUUCUAUAAUAGCACACAAAUUCAAAAUGAUAUUAUUGAAAUAAUAAAGACUGAAAUACUGCAAGAUAUUGUGAAUGAGAUCAAUGUCUCUUCAGCUUUUUCAAUAAUAUGUGAUGAAAUAACUGAUUGUGUCACUAAAGAACAGCUUUCAAUUUGUGUAAGAUACCCAUAUAAAACAGCAAAGGCUAUCUUAAUUAAAGAACGAUUCUUGGGUUUCAUAGAUGUUGAAGAGGUACCUGGGACCAAUUUACACAGGACUAUCAAAACUUACUUGCAGCAAAUUGGAGUUGAUUUGAAUAAAAUACGUGGCCAAGCUUAUGACAGUACCACUAACUUGAGGGGGAAAUUUAACAAAAUUGCAGCAGAAUUCAAAAAAGAAGAGCCAAGAGCUUUAUACGUACAUUGUUAUGCACAUUUUUUGGAUUUAACAGUAGUUAGGUUUUGUAAAGAAGUAAAAGAACUUCGCAGUGCUUUAAAUACACUCACUUACUUGUUUAAUACUAUUCAUAUGUCUGGGGAAAUGUCUGCAAAUUUUCAAAAGAUUUGUAAGCUAAAUCAAAACAAAACAUGCAAGAAACAUAUAUCACAAUCUUGUUGGACAGUCCAUGAUCGUACAUUACUUUCUGUGAUUGAGGGUCUUCCAGAGAUCAUUGAAACACUAGAAGUUGUAUCGAGCCACUCUUCAAAUACAAGUUUGGCUGAUGAACUGAGUGAUUUGUUGGCAAUGAUUUCCAAAUUUGAGUUUAUCUUUUGUUUAAAAUUUCUUUAUCGAGUGCUAAGUGUUACAGGAAUUCUUUCCAAAGAACUUCAAAGUGAAACCAUAGAUAUUUUUUCAUUAUCUUCAAAAAUAGAAGCAAUUUUGGAAUGUUUAGCAUCUGAAAGAAAUGACAUCUGUUUCAAAACUAUCUGGGAUGGAACAGAGGAAAUCUGUCAAAAAAUAACCUCUAAAGGUUUUGAAGUUGAAAGACCUUCUUCUCAGAAAAGAAGAAAAAUUCAGAAGUCGCUAGAACUUGGCAAUUCAGAUAAUAUGUUUUUUCCUACUUCAACAGAAGAACUAUAUAAAGUUAGUAUUUAUCACCAAGGAUUGGAUAGUGUAUUACAAAAUUUAAAACUAUGUUUUUCAGAGUUUGAUUACUGCAAAAUGAAGCAGAUUUCAGAACUAUUAUUUAAAUGGAAUGAGCCAUUAAGUGAAACAACAGCCAAACAUGUUCAAGAAUUUUAUAAGCUUGAUGCAGACAUUAUCCCAGAACUUAGAUUUUACCGACAGUAUGCUAAGCUCAAUUUUGUUAUGGAUUAUGAUUGUAUUAACUUCAUCAAUCUUGGCUAUUUGUUUAUUCAACAUGGUCUUCACAAUAAUAUUCCUUGCAUAUCAAAACUAUUAUAUAUUGCUUUGUCUUGGCCAAUUACUUCAGCAAGCGCUGAAAACUUAUUCUCUACACUGCCUCGUCUUAAGACAUAUUUAUGUCAUACCAUGGGACAACAGAAGCUUAGUGGCCUGGCCCUAAUGGCUGUUGAACAGGAAUUGGUAAAUAAACUGAUGGAGCCAGAAAGACUCAGUGGAAUCGUGGAAAAAUUUAUCCAUCCAAUGAAAGAAAUCUAGUGCUUGCCAAUUUGAAUUUACCUGAAAGAAAUUUGUACCCAGUUGUUACAGUCUUUAUUUCAAAUUUUGCCUCUUAAGAAAAAAUUUUUUCAACGUAACCUUUAACAUUCACUUUCUUCAAAAUUCAGAAAACAUGGAAUGAUACAUAAUGAAAAGUCUCCUUUUUUUAAGACGUACUUACUCCUCACUCAAGUAUUAUCUGUUUCUUAAAUACCCUUUUGGAAGUAUUUUUCAUAAAUGAUAGUGUAUAAUGCACACUGUUCUUUGACUUACCUUUUCCAUAACAGGAUUAUUUUUGACAUUGUUCAAAUGUAUCAGUACAUAUACUGCUUUGAUUCUUUUUCACAGUUGCAUACAAUUCAUUGUACAGAUACAGUAUAAUAUAUUUGCACAGUCCCUGCUGACAUUUUCAUUCUUUAGAUACUAUAAGUCAUAUUGCACAUGAUUGAUUUAGUGCAAGAUAAAAUUUUAAAUUGGAAUUGCUUUAUCAUAUUUUUGCAUUUUUAUUUCCCAUAAAUAUUGGCAAAUUGCUUUCUAUAGAUUAUGUUAAUUUAUAGCCCCACCAACAAUGUAUGAGAGCACCUGUUUUCUUGCAUCUUUAUAAACAGACAUUCUGAUAUUUGCCAACCUGUUAUUUGAAUAAUAGCAUUUUAAUCUCUGCAUCAUUUAAAUUUACCUAAAUAUAAGUUUGGAUUUCUGUGAGCUGUUUGUAUUUCCUUUUCCUUUUGAACCAUUGAAUUUAAACAUUAAAACUUUAAAUAUAGUGCGGUGUGUUUGGUUCACACUAAGAAUUCUUAAUCUAUUUCAUGAAAAUUGAUUAUUUUUCAAGUAACCUCAAAAGAAAAAGUUUUGUUAUAAAAGUUUAGAUAAUGAAGGAAAUAGGUUCCUCAAAGAUUUAAAAGAAUUUAGUGGAAGAAAAUUUGUAUCUGCAUUUUUUUUUUUAAAGAAAUAUUUCUCUGGCACUUGUCCUUACUGUUUCUUUCUCUUAGCAAUUUUUGUAAUUGUAACU